UUGGCUGUGGAAGAGAGAGGUGGUAGAUGCAGAGGUGCUCGAGCCACAGCUGGUGGUGCAUCAUGAGGCCAGAUCUUUCCCAUCUGCGCUCGAGCAUCUGGGUUUCUGUUUUAAGUGAGUGGAGAUGAAUGUUGUACCAGGGGAACGGGUGGGUUUGGAAACAACCCUGGAUUUCAGUGGAGCCAGGGAAUUGAAGGUAGUGGAGAGACAGUCAUUCAGCAGCUUGAUGACUGCAUCAGGAUUGCUGUGGGUGGAGGGCCAGAGGGAGAGGAGGUCCGAGGAAGAGAGGGCAUUUGUGAGGGUCAGCCAAGCAGAGUUGGAAUAGGGAGCAAGCAGGUUGGAGAGGUAUGGAAGUCCCAGGGCAUGAAGAUAUUUCUAGACGAGUGUGAGGAUCAUGAAGUCAAGCCGGUUUGCGAUAAGGAGCCUUUGGAGCCUGGGGGGAACUGGUGUGAUGGGGCUACUGCGUUUAGAGCAGGUCCUAUUUUUUGGAUUUGGAUGGCUAUUCUUCAUGCGACGGUUGUUCAAAGAUUACGAGAUCCGACAGUAUGUCGUCCAAGUGGUUUUCUCUGUGACGUUUGCUUUCUCCUGCACCAUGUUUGAACUGAUCAUCUUUGAGAUUCUGGGUGUUUUAAACAGCAGCUCACGAUAUUUUCAUUGGAAACUGAAUCUGUACGUUAUCCUGAUGGUGCUCAUAUUUGUUGUGCCUUUCUACAUUGCUUACUUUGUAGUCAGCAACAUUCGACUCUUGCAACAAAAGAGAUUAUUGUUUGCAUGUAUGGUGUGGCUGACAUUCAUGUACUUUUUCUGGAAACUUGGGGAUCCUUUUCCUAUCCUUAGCCCAAAACAUGGUAUUCUAUCAAUUGAACAACUGAUCAGUAGAGUUGGAGUAAUUGGUGUGACAUUAAUGGCGCUCCUGUCUGGCUUUGGUGCAGUGAACUGCCCAUACACCUACAUGUCGUACUUUCUGAGGAAUGUAACAGACAGCGACAUCCUUGCAUUAGAGAGACGGUUACUUCAGACUAUGGACAUGAUUGUCAGUAAGAAGAAGAGAAUUGCCAUGACCAGGAGAAUGAUGUACCAGCGAGGUGAUGUGCAGAAUAAGCCUGCUGGAUUUUGGGGAAUGAUCAAAAGUGUCACAUCCUCUUCUUCUAAUGAUGAAAAUCUCUCACUUAUUCAACAGGAAGUGGAUGCACUGGAAGAGCUGAGUCGGCAACUGUUCCUUGAAACUGUUGAUCUUCAUUCAACCAAGGAAAGAAUUGAAUACUCAAAAACAUUUCAAGGAAAAUAUUUUAAUUUUUUGGGUUAUUUUUUCUCUAUAUACUGUGUCUGGAAAAUCUUUAUGGCAACAAUAAACAUCGUCUUUGACCGUGUAGGUAAGACGGAUCCAGUUACUCGAGGGAUAGAAAUCACAGUCAACUAUUUGGGGAUUCAGUUUGAUGUCAAGUUUUGGUCUCAACAUAUCUCUUUUAUAUUAGUGGGAAUUAUCAUCGUCACCUCCAUCAGGGGCUUAUUAAUAACGCUCACAAAGUUUUUUUAUGCAAUAUCCAGCAGCAAAUCUUCAAAUGUCAUCGUGUUGGUGCUUGCACAGAUUAUGGGGAUGUAUUUUGUUUCAUCAGUGCUGCUGAUGAGAAUGAGUAUUCCACUUCAAUAUCGUACUAUUGUUACUGAAGUCCUAGGAGAAUUACAAUUCAAUUUCUAUCACCGCUGGUUUGAUGUCAUCUUUUUAGUCAGUGCUCUCUCCAGUAUUGUCUUUCUCUACCUAGCACACAAACAAGCUCCAGAAAAGCAUAUGAGUUUUUAACCACCAGAGAUUAGGAGGUCGGAAGCAAACAACAAUAUCAAGCUGCUUCAGUCUUUAUUUCAACUUUUUAAACCACUGGACCUUAAGCUUUGGUCAUGGUCAUGAUCGCAAGUUGAAAUGACAGAGAAAAGUCAAGAUAAAUAUGGACCCAUUUCAGGACUGUAAAACCUGGAGGGAUUUUUAUUUGAAAAAACAGGUGUAAAACGACUAUACAACUGGAAGGGUUAAGAGGAUUGAAUAUAAGCGAUAUAACUAUAAAUUAUAGGAAGAUUGGUUUGGAAAAACAAUGUAGGAAAUGAAUCACUGUUAAAAGUUUUGGAUAAUUUGGAAGGGAACAAAUUGAGAACAGACUUGUUUUUUGAAAGCUACAGACUAAUAUUUUUUGGGGCCUUGAGUAUUCAAAAAGCUUUUUAACUUAUGUUGUAAAGUAAUUUCAUAUCAUACGUAUUGUAAAUUUUGUAAGGAACAUUCAUGACUUAUUCAUGUUACAAAAUAAGUAAGAAAUCUGCUUUGUUGAGGUGACUGAAAAUGUGAAGUAUUGUGGAAUCUCCUCAGAUGUCUGUAACAAAAAUACCAGUUGAGAUUUUAUUAUUGACAUUACUGUUGAUUAUUUGGCAAUUUCCCUCGUUAACCUUUUGAGUCGUGUAUUCUCAAACAUAAUCUGUGUUCCCUAAAUCAUCAGUUUCAAUAAAUUAUACUCUGUAUCUGCAAAGGCAUUUAUGACCUUUGUGUUGUUUUGUAACAGCUGUUUGCCUGUCAUGGGACCUGUCUGCAUGAUUUGUUGUCAUGCUCUCCUCUAUCUCCAGAUAUUUCUGGGCUUUUUGUGCAGACCCAUUGACGCAGAUUAGAAUUUAUUGGCAAAUGCUGUACCUAUGUUCUUUAUUGUCACAGCUUUAGAGAUUAUUUUUUAUGAUGAUACUUUUGAUUAUAUUUUUGAAAGAAAACAAAAGGGGGCAAAAAAAUUCAGAAAAUCUUUUGUGUAAAAAUCAUGAGUAAUAUUUGCAAUGAACUGUUGUUAAAAUGAAAAUAACAGAAUUGAGUUUGUUGACAGGCGUUUAAUAGAAAUAACUAAGUUUUGUAUCCUUUUAUUCAGCUAAGUAUCCUCCUAAAUUGUGUAUGAUUUUUGCUUGAAUGAGCGGCCUUCUGAUCUAACUUUAAUUGUUUUAUAUCAUAUUUUUAAAUUACCCAGUGAAGUAAACAGCUUUAUUUACAUUAA